CUUUGCUGAAUGGAGGGAUGAUCGUCCUGUCCCGUCAAGAUCAGAACGCUUCUGUUGUUAUGUAUUACUGUAAUGAACCAUAUUACUCUCUCCCUGGGGGCGUAAGCGUUACUUUCACCUGUGAAGGAGACGGAAAGUGGAGAUCCAAACACAGUGAUGUCACUCCAACAUGCAUGCCUGUCUGUGGCCAGCCCACAACACUCAUCUCCAACUUUCAGAGGAUCCUUGGAGGCAGAGAGGCUCCAGACAACACCAUCCCCUGGCAGGUGCUUGUGAGGCAGCAGGUAUCGAGAGGAGGAGGCAUGGUGAUUGGAGACCGCUGGAUUAUGACUGCAGCUCAUUCCCUAAUAAAUAAUGCAAAUCCAAUAUCAAAAGAGGAGAUAAAGAUUUACAUGGGACGUACUGACGUUAACACCCUGACAGACUCACAUGUGCUUGCUGCUUCAAUCCACAUUCACCCUGAAUACAACAACCCCAAGUUCUCAGACUUUAACAAUGAUAUUGCUUUGAUCAAACUGCAAGACCCAAUCACAUUCAACUCAUCCAUUAUGCCAAUAUGUUUGCCAGCAGAGGGUGCCACAUACGUCACUGGCAUGAUGGGACUGGUGUCAGGAUUUGGCGAUAGAGUUUUGAGGCUGAACUACGUGGAGGUUCCUGUGGUGGAUCAGGAGACAUGCAAAAAUGCAUUAUUUCCGAGGGCGAAUGCAUCAUAUCUGACAAAUAACAUGAUUUGUGCCGGACUCCCUGAAGGUGGGAAAGACUCCUGCAGCGGUGACGGUGGAGGCCCCUUCGCCCUGAAUGACAACGGGAGCUUCUGGGCUGCUGGGAUUUCCAGCUGGGGGGAGGGCUGCGGAUUGCCGGGAAAAUAUGGAGUCUAUACCAGAGUCGCUAAUUACAUAGACUGGAUCAACAAGACCAUGCAGGAGAAUUUAAAUGUACAGCUUCUCUGUUUGUCAGCGGGGGAGUGCUUGGAGUCUAAAAUACAAGGGGAGGUCAAAUCGCCCCAGUAUCCUCGACCUUACCCUCCCAGCACGCUGAGUCAAUGGACAUACGGGGCUCCAGAGGGCUACAAGAUGCAGCUGUAUCUAACACACCUGGAUAUUAAAGAUUCUGUGGGCUGCCAUGAAGACUCUCUGAUGGUUCUCGAUGAUCAAAACGUCUUGGGGAAGUUUUGCGGACAGGAAAACUCAUCAAAUUACCCAGGCAAGGAGCCGAUCCUUUCUCACGGCUCCAGUCUGACUCUCUUAUUCCGAGCAAGUGCCUCCGAUCCAGAGCAACAACAGCACACUGGCUUCUUUGGUAGAUACGUGGCAAUGGCAACGGACUGUGGAGAACCUGAACCUUUGCUGAAUGGAGGGAUGAUCGUCCUGUCCCGUCAAGAUCAGAACGCUUCUGUUGUUAUGUAUUACUGUAAUGAACCAUAUUACUCUCUCCCUGGGGGCGUAAACGUUACUUUCACCUGUGAAGGAGACGGAAAGUGGAGAUCCAAACACAGUGAUGUCACUCCAACAUGCAUGCCUGUCUGUGGCCAGCCCACAACACUCAUCUCCAACUUUCAGAAGAUCCUUGGAGACAGAGAGGCUCCAGACAACACCAUCCCCUGGCAGGUGCUCGUGAGUCUGAAGGUAUCGAAAGGAGGAGGCAUGGUGAUUGGAGACCGCUGGAUUAUGACUGCAGCUCAAGUCCUAGAUAUUGAUGUAAAUCCAAUAUCAAAAGAGCAGAUAAAGAUUUACAUGGGACGUACUGACGUUAAUACCCUGACGGACUCACAUUUGUUUGCUGCUUCAAUCCACAUUCACCCUGAAUACAAUUUCAUCAGCUCAGACUUUAACAAUGAUAUUGCUUUGAUCAAACUGCGAGACCCAAUCACAUUCAACUCAUCCAUUAUGCCAAUAUGUUUGCCAGCAGAGGGUGCCACAUACGUCACUGGCAUGAUGGGACUGGUGUCAGGAUUUGGCGGAAGAGCUUCGACGCUAAACUACGCAGAGGUUCCUGUGGUGGAUCAGGAGACAUGCAAAAAUUCAUUUUCUCCCAGGAAAGAUGCAUCAUAUCUGACAAAUAACAUGUUUUGUGCCGGACUCCCUGAAGGUGGGAAAGACGCCUGCAGCGGUGACGGUGGAGGCCCCUUCGCCCUGAAUGACAACGGGAGCUUCUGGGCUGCUGGGAUUUCCAGCUGGGGGGUGGGCUGCGGAUUGCCGGGAAAAUAUGGAGUAUAUACCAGAGUCGCUAAUUACAUAGACUGGAUCAACAAGACCAUGCAGGAAAACUGA